AUGACUGACUUUGGUUUAUCACGAGCUCUUGGAGUUGAUAGUGAUUACUACACAGCAGCCCAAGAAGGUCGAUGGCCAUUUAAGUGGUUAGCACCAGAAAGUAAUUUCCACAGAAAGUUCUCCCAUGCUAGCGAUGUCUGGAGUUACGCAAUCACUCUGUGGGAAAUGUUUUCUUUCGGCAUAGAACCAUAUGAAGAGUUGGAAGCAGAUGAGACAAUCGAGUUUGUUCACAGUGGGCAGCGUUUGUCGAAGCCGGAGAAGUGUCCUGACCAGGUGUAUGAGAAGAUGUUGGAAUGCUGGUCACCGAAACCCGAAUGUCGACCGAAAUUCAAAGAUUUGGAUGCCUUUUUUCAAGGUCUUGUCCAUGCAUAA